AUGUGCGGCGGUGUGUCCAUCAACACGGUGUACGUAGGUCAUCAGCAGGCCAAGGCUUGUCUCAUAUCUCGACUGAGCUGCGAAAGGGCGGGCACACGUUUCAAUGUCCGUGGCUCGAAUGACAACGGUCAUGUGGCCAACUUUGUGGAGACCGAGCAGGUCAUCUUCAUGGACAACAAAGUGGCCUCUUUCAUCCUAAUUCGUGGCUCUAUUCCGCUCUUUUGGGAGCAAACGGGCGUUCAGGUUGGAACACACAAGCUGAAAAUGUCACGUGGUUGUGAGAUUUCGCAACCUGCCUUUGAUCGCCACCUGGCCAUGAUUCAGUAUCUGUACGGAAAGCAGGUGCUGAUCAAUCUGGUGGGCAGUAAGGAGGGCGAACAGAUGAUUGGCACCAUGUACAAGAAGCACCUGAAGGCUUCGCGAUUUCACCAUGACAUGCCGUACAUUGCCUUCGACUUUCACUACUACUGUCCGCGAGGAAAGGAGGACAACCUGCACUCGAUGCUGAAGGAGCACAUUAAGCAUUCCAUUGACGAGUUUUCAUUCUACUUUUCGGAUGGACAGAACGCGAAGCAAUAUCAAACGGGCACCUUUCGCGUCAACUGCAUCGACUGCCUAGAUCGAACCAAUCGUGUGCAGACCUUCUUAGGCCUUGAAAUUUUGAUGAAGCAGCUAAAAAUGCUUGAGUUUGACGGUAAGGCGACGAUUGUCUCGCGCUUUCACGAGGUGUACAAGAACAUGUGGCAGACGAAUGGAGACCAAGUGAGUCGCAUUUACGCCGGCACUGGAGCGCUGGAAGGAAAAUCAAAGUUACGUGAUGGCACUCUGUCAGUUGCGAGGACGAUUCAGAACAAUCUACUGGACAACAGCAAGCAGGAGGCAAUCGACAUUCUGCUGACGGGCAAGCCGAUGAACAAUGAGUACGGAGACAAGGCGCGCUCGUUGCUGCCCAUUCAGUACCUUCACCUGCCAUCGUCCAUUCUGAAGCCGCUUAAUGAGCGCCUCUUUGAGUACACCUUCCCUACCAGCAUCAAGGUGGCCGUGGGCACUUGGAAUGUAAACGGCGGAAAGCACUUCAACAGCAUCAUCUACAAGAGGUCCGACCCACUGUCUGACUGGCUGCUGGACUGCAACAAGAACCAGACGCAGGCUGCUGGAAUGAAGAAUCUGCUCGACUUGUCGCUGAAUGACUCCCUCUCUGACUUGAAUGCCAACUCCCCCGAUCUCUUCGCCAUUGGAUUUGAGGAGAUUGUCGACUUGAGUGCUCAGAACAUUGUCGCCACCAGUACGACCAGUCAGAAGGAGUGGCUCACUGAGCUGGAGAAGACGCUCUCUCGCAAUGAACAGUACGUACUGGUCACCUCUGUGCAACUAGUUGGCGUCUGUCUCUUCCUCUUUACCAAGCCUAAAUACGCCCGCUACAUUCGUGAUGUGGCAACUGAUCAGGUGAAGACGGGCUUUGGAGGUGCCACCGGAAACAAGGGAGGCGUUGGCAUUCGACUGCGACUGUUCAGCUCGUCACUGUGCUUUGUUUGCUCCCACUUUGCUGCUGGUCAGCAUCAGAUUGCAGAGAGAAACUCGGACUUUAAGGAGAUUGGCAGAAAGUUGUUCAACUCUAUCGGCAAGUCACUGUCCUCGCACGAUUACGUCUUCUGGUGUGGAGACUUCAACUACCGAAUCGACUUAGAUAUUGAUGUAGUGAAGCAGUUGGUAGCAGAAGAAAACUGGGAAAUGCUGCUCAACUAUGACCAGUUGACUGUGCAGAAGAAGGAGGAUCACGCGUUCAGCAAGUACCUAGAGGGACCAAUCAACUUUGCGCCCACUUACAAGUACGACAUUAACAGCGACGACUAUGACACGAGCGAAAAGUCCCGUAUUCCUGCUUGGACAGACCGAGUUCUCUUCAGAAAGCGCCACCCUACAACUGCCGAGGAAAAGGAGUCUGGGGAGCUCAAUUAUGGAGAAAUUUUGUUCUACGGUCGAGCGGAGUUGAAGACGUCAGAUCAUCGGCCAGUGCUGGGCGAGUUUAAAAUUGACAUUCUCAAAGUGGACACUGAAAAGCGAAAUCAAGUGUUCCGCAGUGUUAUUGAGAAAAUCGGGCCACUUGAUGCGACAGUUAUCAUACAAGAGCAAAGCGAACUGAGUGGCCUCGGUGAGACUAGCAUCUUUGAUGAAGCGUACGUCCAGGAGAUUCUUGGCAAGUUGAACAAUGAAAUUGGCGAGAUAGUACUGGCUCGUUUCGGGGAAGACAACAUGCGUGUCACUUUCAAGGAUGGCGGACUGGCUAUGAAGAUAGCUAACAUUGGCUACAUCGAUGUCAUGGAAAAGCGAUUUAAAGUGACAUUGAAGACGCCCACAUGGACUGACCUUGUGGAGGAAGAGGUCCAGUACGGUGUCAGCAAUACUGUUUCACUGCUUGAGGGCGUCAAGCAGUUGGACAUUGACGACCUCAAUGAGUACGACCUGUCGAAGGUCUCCAGACCGAGCAGUCCUACCGACAGCGAGGGCUCUUUGAGCAUUGGCAACAGUGUUGCUCCUGCACGUCCACCACCUCCAGCAGCCUCCAAGACCACAAAUGGAGAGACGGCAAAACCAGUAUCCGAUGUUUCGGCCAAGCCAAUGAGGCCAGCCCCACCACCGCCGAGGCCACAGCAGCCAGCCGCCUCAGCGCUGAGCAAGCCAACUCCAGCGCAGUCCGUCUCUGCGCGUGAAGUAGUCACUCUAGCAAAUGACAGCAUGAAGGAUGACAGUUUCAAUGACAGUCUCAACUCUACCUUGAACUCUAGCUUUAACAUGCCACCGCCAGCAGUCACACCGCCUCUACCUCGCUUCGACAAUGACCAUUACGGUGACAACCUUGAAGGGGAGGAAGAUGGAGAAACCGCUGAGGACCUCGACGAAAGCUUUGACUAUGAGCCUUAUUCACCUGCACCAAAUCUCCCUCCCCCGAGUCUUCCAGCCCCUGCACCACCGGCCAAUCCCCCGCCGCCUCUGCCAAGCAACACUAACAUUCCAGCACCAUCAUCGGCAGCUCCAGCCCCACCGCCGAUUCCCUCACGUCGACCAUUGCCGACCAUUCCACCACGGAACAACACCUGA